UCAAGUUCUACUAUCCCUUCCACCAUAGGUCUCAUCUUUGUGAAAGAAAAGACGGAAGGGAAGGGAUACACAUUCGAAAAAAAGGAAACCAAAGAAGAGAAACACCUUUGCCAUAAACGGUUCUAAACAAGAUAAGAGCUGAAUCUUGUAAUACCUGUUACAGCGUAAUUGGCUCAUAUAAUGGCUUUGUUGGAGAUCAAACAUAGGGCCAAGACUAUUGCAGCAACAACCGCGUGGCUUAUCUGCUUGUUUCUUUUCAUUGUAAGUUGUUUAGGCGGUACAGAUAGACUCAAAAGCAUAGAAGAACAUGGACAGAAGAUUGUUGAUGAGGAAACUAGACCAGGAUUUGGAGCCAAGUUUCUUCACUUCUUCUGGCAGAUUGGAAAAUCAUCUUACCAACCUGUCUGGCCUGAACUGGAAUUUGGCUGGAGAUUGGUGGUGGGAUCGCUGGUGGGAUUUUGCGGGGCAGCCUUGGGAAGCGUUGGAGGAGUUGGAGGCGGCGGAAUUUUUGUUCCUAUGCUUGCCCUCAUCAUUGGCUUUGAUCCAAAAUCCUCCACGGCUAUUUCCAAGUGUAUGAUCAUGGGUGCUGCAGGAUCAACAGUGUACUACAAUCUAGGGCUGAGACACCCAACACUUGAUAUGCCCCUCAUAGACUAUGAUCUCGCUUUGCUUUUCCAACCUAUGCUUAUGUUGGGUAUAAGCAUCGGAGUUGCUUUUAACGUGAUGUUUGCUGAUUGGAUGGUCACUGUGCUGCUUAUAAUCCUCUUCUUAGGAACAUCAAGCAAAGCAAUAUCAAGGGGAAUUGAUACAUGGAAGAAAGAGACAAUGUUGAAGAAGGAAACCGAGAGGUUAUUGGACUCAGAAUCAAAACCAACAGAUGGUUCAGAAGGGGAAUAUAAGCUAUUGCCAAGUGACCCACUUGCUACAAAAGAUGACAAGUCUAUGUUCGACAAUAUUAAAUGGAAAGAUUUGGCAUUGCUAGUCUACGUCUGGAUAGGUUUCCUGGCUGUGCAGAUUAUGAAGACAUAUACACCUACCUGCUCCACCAAGUAUUGGAUCCUAAAUGCAUUGCAGGUGCCUAUUGCCGCAUCAGUAACAUUGUAUGAAGCAUCAUCCCUAUACAAAGGCAAAAGGGUUAUUGCAUCAAAGGGAAAGGAAGUGACGAUAUGGAAAGCUCAUCUUCUCGUCGUAUACUGUUGCAUUGGCAUACUAGCAGGUGUUGUUGGUGGGCUGCUUGGUUUGGGAGGAGGCUUCAUUUUGGGACCCCUUUUCCUUGAACUAGGAAUCCCUCCUCAGGUGGCAAGCGCAACAUCAACCUUUGCGAUGGUGUUUUCUUCAUCAAUGUCUGUUGUACAAUACUAUGUUCUGAAACGCUUUCCAGUUCCCUAUGCUAGUUAUCUUGUUGCGGUGGCUACGGUUGCUGCCUUCACAGGUCAGCAUGUAGUGAGGAAGGUUAUAGCAGUACUUGGGAGGACAUCCAUAAUCAUCUUUAUACUGGCUUUCACAAUUCUCUUGAGCGCAAUUUGUUUAGGGGGAGUCGGGAUAAAGGAUAUGGUGGUGAAGCUUCAAAACCAAGAGUACAUGGGCUUCGAGAAUCUCUGCAGCUACUCUUAGGCUUACCAUCUUUUCAAACAAAAGAAUAAGCUUCUUUUUUUAAAGUAUCAUAUGUAUCGUGAUUCUUUUUCUCUCUGUAUUGUUCUGGAUGCUCAACUAACUUAAUCAAAAUAUCUUAAACUCUUUCAA